AUGCGCUGCGUGCCGGCCUGCCCGGUGGGCUACAAUGCCUCGGGCGCCGGGUGCAGCCCCUGCGGGGAGCACUGUUCCAGCUGCCCCGGUCAGCCGGACACCUGCACUCUAUGCGAGCGGGGCUGGCUGCUGGCCAGCCCGGACUGCGUAGCCGCGUGCCCGGCCGGGAGCUCGCCCCUGGGCGGGCUGUGCCCCACGUGCCAUGGCAGCUGCGCGACGUGCUACGGCCCGGGGCCGGAGCACUGCCUGACGUGCGAGGCGAGCACCCCGCUCCUGGUGGGCAACCACUGCUACUCGGAUUGUCCCCCAGGCACCUUCCAGAGGGAGGAAGCCUGUGUUCCCUGCAGCUUGUCCUGCGCCGCGUGCACCGGGCCGGAGCUGGAUCAGUGCACGGCCUGCACCGGGGACCGGUCCUUGAUGGAGGGCAUCUGUGUGCCCUCCUGCCCGGCGGGCCACUUUUCCGAGGACAACGUGUGCCAUGCCUGCGACGCGGCCUGCCGGACGUGCGAGGGCCCCGGGGCGUGCACAAGCUGCAAGCCCGGGGAGCUGCUUCAGCCGGGCGGCUCCUGCGGCACCUCCUGCCCGGGCGGCUGGAUGGGCUGCCCCGGCGCCGGGGAAUGCGUGGCCUGCCCGGAGCACUGCACCGCGUGCAUGGCGGACGGCCCGGCCUGCAAGCCCCUUUGCACUGGCUGCGCGGCCGGGCGCUUCCUCGCACGUGUGCUCUUCCGAUCUUGCCCGGAGCACUGCACCGCGUGCAUGGCGGACGGCCCGGCCUGCAAGCCCCUUUGCACUGGCUGCGCGGCCGGGCGCUUCCUCGCCGAUGGGGCCUGCGUGCUGGCCUGUCCGGAGGGCGAGUACGGGGCGCCCGGGGAUGCCGUUUGUCAGCCCUGUGGGCCCAGCUGCCGGAGCUGCUUCGAGUCUGCCGACCGGUGCACCGGCUGCCUCGGCGGGGUGCUGGACGCGGCCACCGGCACGUGCCUGUCCGCCUGCCCGGCGCGGUCGGCCCCAUUCGAGGGCGUGUGCCUGGUGUGCUCCGGCGGGUGCGAGCGCUGCGAGGCGGCGGCCACACAGCCCGGGUGCACCCUCGACCCGGCCGGGUCACUUGCCUGCCCGGAGGUGCUCGGCUGUGCGGCCUGCGAGCCCGGGCUCUUCCUGCUCGGCGGGGCGUCCUGCGUGGCCGAGUGCCCGGCCGGCACCUUCCCCGAUCAGGAGGCCUCCCCAUGGGCGUGUGCCGGCUGCCAUGCCGAAUGCAAGGCUUGCCUCGGCCCGGAGAAGGCCGACUGCCUGGAUGCCUCCGGGCCGCGGUCGUCGCGCAUCGGCCUGGCCGUGGGCUUGGCCGUGGGCCUGCUGCUGCUGCUGAUCCUGCUGAUCCUCCUGGUGUUGUUCUGCGUCCGCCGGCGCACCAAGGCCGGGCCCGCCGCCCCGAAGGACCUGGACGCCGAGGACGCCACCAUGCUGAACACCAUCGUGGAGCUGGCCCUGCCCGGGGCCAUCCUGGUGGGCGUGGACACGGACUUCCGGCCGCUGGACGAGACCCUCGGCGCCGGGACCCAAGCGAGUCCCCUGGCCGCCGGGGCCUGGCCUCUGAGCGAUGGGCUUGACCUCCAUGUGGAGGCCCUGUCCAUUGAUGGCCCGGCCGUGGGAUGGGCCCUCGACAUGACACACAAGCAGGUUUCCUUCUAUGGCGAAGUUGCCGAUGUCAAUGCCGCCGAUGAGCCGCGGCUGGGGGUCCAUUUCAGCUCCUCCGGCUUGAUGGCCUCCUUCGCCUGGACUGGUCCCGCCCCUGACCGGUGGCUGGCAGUGCCCACCCCCAGCGCGGUUCCCCUGCUGUUGGCCAUCUUUCCCGAUGGCAUCCAGGUGGUGGGGCCUGGCCAGUUUUCUCCCUACUCCCCGGGAGCGGGGUUCUCCACGCUUGCCGCCCUCCUCCAUGGCACCGAGCUCCGGGUUGUGGUCGCCGCUCCGGAUGGCACCCUGUCGCUGGUGACCCUGGGCCCUGGCAGCCCGAGCGCCGUGGAGCUGGGCCCACGGGACGGACUCCUGGCGCCGCGCGCGGUGCGCUUUUUGGACGCCACCGCCAUGACGCAAAGUGCGGUCAUCGAUAUUCAGGCCGCGGCGGCCGGCGUCCUGGCCAUGGCGCAUGUGCGGCUGACGGUCCGAAGCCCGACGGGCAGCAGCAAUGAGGCCCUGGCGGUGCUCCUCGACAAUGGCAUCCUAUGUGUGUGCAUCGGCUGGCAGGGGGCCCUCUGCACGGGCGGCCACGUGCAGGAGGAGCUUCCCUUCACCCUGACCCCGGGGAGCGAUGUGCGCUUCCUCAACCCGCCGGGGCUGGUGUCGGACCUGGCUCCGGAGCAUCUUUUCCUGUUCGACGGCACGGACAGCCUGUGGGCCAUCGAGGUGCUGCCCUCGGCGCAGGGCCCCGACAACUCGAGGCUCGACAUCACGCCGCUGCUGGUCCCCGGUGCGGCCGGCGACCUGGCCAGCUUGAGGAUGGUCCCCCUGAACUGGGGUCCGCCGCAGCACCUGUCCCUGAAAAUGGUCACCGCCAGGCGCCUGCUCCUCAACCAGGAGGACUUCAAGUGCGGCACCGAUCCCUCGAUUGCCUGCAGCUCCCGCGGCGAUGCCGAGCUCCAGCAUGGGCUUGGCUGGGCGUGUGCCUCGGGCCGGGUGCUGGCCCCGAACCACCCCUCGGGGGCCCUGUGCGCCGGCUGCUCCGAUGGCCUCACCACUGAGCUGACUUCCACGACGACCGUGUCCUGUGUGGCUUGCGGCAUGCCCGACUGCCGGGUGUGCAGCUUGUCCGGCUGCCUUGUCUGUGCACCGGGGUUCCUCCUGGCACAUGGCACUUGCGUGAGCCAGUGCCCCCCUCCGUCGACUCGCGCCGGGGAUCGCUGCCUGGGGCCGGGCCCCGAGCAGCCGCUGGCCCUGGCAGCCACCCGGAGCCCGGUGACCGUGGAUGGCAUGCCCCUGCAGCAGGCAAUUGGCCCCAUCGCGCGGACACACAUGCGCCCGGGCCCCGACGGCCAGGUGGUCAUCACGGCCGGCUCGCUGGCCUUGCGCCAGUGGCUGCUGCUGGUGCCUUCGGCGGGCGCCACGCCCGCCAGGCUGGCCACCCUGCAGCCGACCGGCGAGCUGCUGGUCGACCAGUCGCCCGGGCUGGCCCUGCCGGUGGCCCAGCUCCACAGCUACCUGGAGCUCGGGCCGAUGGUGGCCGAUGGCGUGACCUGGCUCUUUGGGGUGGGCUGCUCCCAGGCCGGCGUCCUGACCAUCACGCGCUUCGAGUGCCGGCUCCCCUCGUCGUCCGACUCGCAGGCCGCCAGCCAGUCGACCAGCCACGAGGGCGAGCCGCAUUGCGUCGUGUCCAUCGGGCCGCCGGAGCCGCUUCUCUCGGGCGGGAGCAGCGUUUGCCGGGUGCUGGCGCCCCUCGGCGACCGGGGCCAAAUGGCCAGCAUCCAGAUGCACGAUUCACAGGACCGGAUUUCCAUCUACACCAUCACGCUCAAUCCCCUUGUGCCGGCCGGCUACCGGGUGUCGAUGCUUUUGCAUGGGACCUCGCCGCCGGCCAUCUUCCCGCUGCCUGCUUCGUGGUCGUCGCCCGGCGACCCGUGGCUGCUGGAAGCCGGCGGCACCGGCACCGCCCUCAAUCCCCUGCGGCUGCGCCACAGUGUUGACCCGCGCGCCAUGCUCCCGUGGGAGCACUCGGCCCCCGGCCCGGGCCUGGACCCGGCCCAGUUCGCCACGCACCGUCGGCCGGUUGUCCUCCCGACGCCGGGCCGCGGUCCGGAUCAUCCCAAUGAGGUGCUCCUGUCCGGGGUCUACCCGGGCCCGGGGCAUUUGGUGUGGGACGCGCAGCACAUCCCCCUCGGGUCGCAUGCCCAUGCGCGGACGCGAGACCUGCCCACGUAUGUCACCCUGCUGGGGGCCAUCCCCGGGGCCGGUGUGCCCGGUCCGGGGCCGGAGUAUGCCCUCCUGGGGGUGGAGCUGCCCGAGCAGGCGGACCACCCGGCGGCCCUGGUCCUGGUGACGUCCAGCCACCUGGCCAUCGCCCGGCUGCAUUGCCCGGCGGAUUUGGCCCCCGAGUGCUUCCUGCUCCGGGCCACCGUGCAGGCCUUGGGCCCGGGCGUCGGGCCGCUGGCCGGCCCGCAGCAUGCGGUGGCCGUGGCGCUGCCGGCCCCGGGGCCCGGUGCCGGGGCCCUGUCCCCGGGGGCCCGGGCCGGCGAUGGUCCUGCCGACCCCCCGGCCGUGGGGUUCCUGCUGGCCGGGGUGGGCCUGGAUGGGCCGCUGCUGGUGACCCUGGGCGCGGUCGAGUGCUCGCCCGGGGAGUAUGGCCCGGCCUGCGAGCCAUGCGAUGCGGCCUGCGCCGAAUGCACCGGCCCGGGCCCGGACGCCUGUGUCGCCUGCUUCCUGUCGCUGCCGGACGAUCCGGGCGCCUGCGUGGCCGAGUGUCCGACCGGCACGGUGCCGGGCCCCGGCGGCGGGGUGUGCGUCUGCGCGGCGGCCGGCUGCUCCGGCUGCCAGGGCACCGGCCCGGCCGGCGCGUACGAGUGCUCGGCCUGCGCCGUGGGCUUCGCGCCGGAUCCCCUGCCGGGGGUGGCCUGCUCGCCCUGCCACCAUGCGUGCGACGGCUGCUCGAAGCCCGACAGCCCGUUCUUUUGCCACGCCUGCGCCGGGGCCUUCUUCCUGGUCCCCGACGGGGGCGGCUGCCAGGCCGACUGUCCGGAUGGCACGUGGAAGAACCCCGCCAACCAUCGGUGCAGCAGGUGCAUCGACAACUGCCAAAGGUGCACCUCGGCCGAUGUGUGCGAGGCAUGCUACCCGCGGGCCAUCCUGGCCCCGGACCAGCGCGCCUGCCGCGCCUGCCAUCCCUCCUGCCUGACCUGCACGCCGGACGGCAGCUGCGACACCUGCCAGCCGGGGCUGGUGUUCUUGGAGCCGGAUGGGCCGGGCGGCUCCCUGUGCGGGAAUGUCUGCCCGCCGGGCGAGCAUGUCGGCACCGACCGGUGCAUGGCCUGCCACGGGGCGUGUGCCCUGUGUUCCGGGCCCGGCAGCACCCAGUGCCAGGUGUGCGCCGCCGGGUACCGGUGGGCCGGGCUCGCCCCGCGCCCCGGGGCCGCCGGCGAGUGUGUCGCCUGCCCGCCGGGCUGCGCCUCGUGCGACAUGUCGGACCGGUGCCUUUCCUGCCUGGCGGGCUACUUCCUGGCGCCGGGGGCCACCUGUGGGCAGGCCUGCCCGGCCGGGCACUUCGCCGACCUGGCCGACGGGUCGUGCCAGGCGUGCGACAUCUCCUGUGCCACCUGCACCGGGCCGGAUGCCGACCAGUGUGACAGCUGCCCGCCGGGGCUGGGCCUGGCCCCGGUGGUGGCCGGUCUGGCCGGGGCCUGUGUGUCCGGCUGCCCGGCCGGGCACUACCGGGACCCGGUGUCCGGGGGGUGUGCCCCCUGCGACGCGGCCUGCGCCGCUUGCAAUGGCCCCAGCGACCAGGACUGCUGGAGCUGCCCCCCGGGGCUGGCCGAUGUCCUGCAGGAUGGUGCAUGCGUGCUGGCCUGCGCCGGGGGCCAUGUGGCCGUGGCGCGCCGGUGCCUGCCCUGCCACGGGACCUGCCGCGAGUGCACCGGCACCCGGAGCACCGACUGCACCGACUGCCCGAGUCACCUGCUGGCCCUGCCGAUGGGGGCCCCCUCGGCCGGGCGCUGUGUGGCCGGCUGCCCGGUGGGCUACCACUGGCAGCCGGGCGGGUGUGCCCGGUGUGCCGACCAGUGCAGCAGCUGCCCGGCCAGCCCGACCGCCUGCACCCUCUGCGACCGGGGCUGGCUGCUGCAGGGGCCCGGCUGUGUCAGCCAGUGCUCGCGCGGGUUGCUGCCGCUGAAUGGCCAGUGCACCGUUUGCCAUGGCACCUGCGGCACCUGCUUCGGCCCGGCGGCCGACCAGUGUGCCAGCUGCCCCGAGGGGUCGGGGCUCCGGCUGCACGGGGGGGCCUGCGUCGCGGCCUGCCCGGCCGGGACCUUCACCGAGGCGGCCACCUGCCUGCCAUGCGAUGGGACAUGUGCCGAGUGCGCCGGGCCCGGGGCCCAGGGCUGCACGGCCUGCCCGCCGGGCCGGGUCCUGGCCACCUGGGGCGCCUGUCUGGAGGCCUGCCCGGCCGGGGAGUAUGCCACCGGGGGCGGCCUGCCCGGCCCCGGCGCCGGCACCUGCCGUGCCUGUGAUGGCAGCUGCGCCCGGUGCACCGGGCCCGGGUGGCAAGAGUGCACCGCCUGCCGGGGGGGCGACUUCCUGCACGCCGGGGCCUGCUUGGCGGCGUGCCCCGGGGGGCUGUUCGGCUGCCCGGGCACCGGCGGGUGCUCCGCCUGCCCGGAGCACUGCGCCGCCUGCCGGCCGGCAAGCGGCCCCCCCGGCGGCCCGCCCUGCCAGGCCGAAUGCACUGCCUGCGCCCCGGGGUUCCACCUGUCGCCGGGGGCGUCGUCCUGCGUGGAGGCAUGCCCGCCGGGGGAGUUCCUCCCGGCCGGCGGCCAGGCCUGCCAGACCUGCGACCCGGCAUGCGCCUCCUGCGUCGAGAGGGCGGACAAUUGCACGGCCUGCGCCCGGCCCGGGGCCUGGCUGGACCUCGGCUCGGGCAUGUGCUCUGGGGCCUGUGCCGGCGGCGGCGUUGCCCCGGUGGAUUUCGGCCCGGCCGCCCUGCCGCAGCGCGUGUGCCUGCCCUGCCCGUUGAAUUGCGAAGCCUGCCCGGUAGGUGGCCCUGCCGGCGGCGGCGGCGGCGGCGGCGGCUUGCCGCCCUGUGAGCUGGCCGCCUCCGGGCGGCUGGUCUGCCCGCCGAUCACCGGCUGCGCCCGCUGCCAGGCCGGCAUGCGCCUGAUGCCGGAAGGCCCCGCCUCCCCGGCCCAGUGUCUGUCCGUCUGCCCGGCCAGGUACUUCCCGGCUGCCGCCGCGUCGGGCGAGGUGUGCACCCCCUGCCAUGCCUCGUGCGAGCGGUGUGCCGGCCCGACGGCCGACGACUGCAUCGGCUCCCCGGGCCGCAGCCCGCGGCGUGACCUCGCCAUGCGCCCACCUCCAUACUGA